CUGUAUAAUAUUUAUCCACAAUGGGACAAACAUAUUCCAAUGUCAUCCAUUUAGAUCAGUAUAGUGUUUUAUUUUCCAAAUUGUCUUGUGAGAAAUGCAUUAAAUGUGUGUUAAUCAUUUCGUUAAUAAUUUAUAAAUAAUAUUAAAAUGUCAGGAGGGGUGCAUCAGGGUCCUAUAUGCGUAUAUGUGCUAAGGGUUUAACCGGAAAGACGGCAGUCGCUUUAUUUUGUCCUGAGUCUGGAGCCACUUUCUCAGCCGGGUUUCGGUUUCGGCGUCAUUGCUCUCUCGUCUCACUUCUCGAAAACUUCCUGGAUUACUCGACACGCACUCAGGCGCCUCCGCACGAAACAGCCUCGCCGUUAGUCUCGUCCGCAUCUUGGCGUCGGCUGAACCAAUGACGUGGUUUUAGACACAGUUUUGCUGAGCUGUUCUCUGUGUGUGUGUGUGUGUGUGUGUGUGUGUGUGUGUGUGUUUGUCGAUCAGCUGCUUUCCUGUAACUUUCUAACCAGGGAUGGCCACCGCGCCACAGGCGUCACUUCAUAUGAGGUCGGCAGAUCUCAUUAAAAAAGAGGCUCUGGACUACGGCGGCUUUGGAGAAGUGUACCUGUGCUACCAUGCCACCCUCGGCCAGGUGGUGUUGAAGACUAUGUAUACAGGACCGAUUAGCACCGUGAAGAGUCAACGGUCACUGCUGGAUGAGGGGAACAUCAUGGCGAGCCUGAACCAUGAGCGGGUGGUGAAGUUGCUGGGUGUGAUCAUGGAAGAUCGAGACUGCUCGCUGGUUAUGGAGCUCAUCCCCAGGGGCAACCUGUCGGUCAUGCUAGAAACGGUCCCUGUGCCGGUAUCCAUCAAGGGCAGAAUCAUCUUAGAGAUUUUGGAAGGGAUGGUGUACCUCACGGAGAAACAGGUCAUACACAAGGACAUCAAGCCAGGGAACAUUUUAGUGGACAAGGAUUUUCACAUCAAGAUCGCAGACCUCGGCCUGGCCACCUGCAUGACAUGGAGCAAGCUCACGAGGGAGGAGUCUCGCAGGAGGAGUCGCAUGGGGCGAUCAGCAGAGGUGAGAGGUGCCGGCACGCUGAGCUACAUGGCCCCUGAGCACCUGGAGAGCGUACAUACACCCUCCACGGAGAAGUCUGACGUCUACAGCUUUGCAAUCGUGGUUUGGGUCGUCCUCGCAGGGAAAGAGCCGUAUGCAAACGCGAGGAGUGAAGAGCAAAUCAGCCAGUGUGUCCGUAACGGGGACCGACCGGUGCAAAACCUUAUUCCAGACGACACGCCCAUCGAGAUGGUUCAGCUCAUGAGGAAGUGCUGGGAUCACAGCCCGCUGCAACGACCAACGUUUCAAGAGGGCUACGACUUCUUCCUUCCUUUCUACACAGAAAAGCUUGAACCACGCGUGGAGGAAGAUUUACUUGAUUUGAGGGAAUUAUAUGAAGGCCCAGAAGAACUUGUUGAGAAGAUGAAAUCUUUAUCAAUGGAUUUUUUAUCGGCAGAUUCCCCGGCUCCUUUGGUGAGUUCAGACAGAAGUGUACCCGGGCCAGUCGAAGCCAGUAUCGAUGACAUGCACGACAUCCAAUAUGAGCCCUCCGUGGGGUCCGUUCAGGCGGAUGCAAAGGCGACCCCUUCGGCUCUGGAGGAGAAACUGGGUCGGGAGCUUCAGUACCACAAACACGGUAGCUACUACUGUGAGAACCAGCUGGACGCCGACAACGCCCUCCGUCACAGCAACUCAAAUCCUUUCCUGCAAAACCACGUCAGCCCUUCAGAUCACGCCAUCAGGCAACCGGAACCGGACAGACCCUCCUUCGCAUCCUCGGUCCACUCCUGGACGAAAGCUGAGCCGGUGCAGCCCACCAGCCAGGAAAAGGGUUAUCGCCCCACCGGGGGUCUCUAUGAGUCCAUGAACUCCGCCAUGCCGACUCCAUCCCACUUGCCAAUGUCGGCCAGCAAUCCUUCUCUAUCGCUGCUUAACCAGCAACAUCCACUUUCCCACUAUGACCGCCAGCAAUCCUGGCCAGUUUACCCAGUGUCCGAUACGUCUGUUCCUGGGCUUCUCCUGACCCCUUGCACACAACAACAACAACAAGAUCCAGCGUCAUAUAUCAUAAAGAAUGCCAGCGGCAUCCAGAUUGGGAGCAACAACACGAUGAAUAUCAGAGGUUACGAGUCCACCGGUAGUUUAAUGUCUCUGCCGGGUAGCGCCUCAGCUGCCUCUCUCAUCAAAGAAGGCCUUCUGAAAUAUGAGGACCACGCUGUGAACGAGGAGCACCUGGAUCUGCUGAGGGACAACAUCGGGGCCACGUGGAAGCGGUGUGCGCGGCAACUGGGUCUGACCGGUGUGGAAAUAGAGACCAUUGAGCACGACUGUGACCGGGACGGCCUGUCGGAAAAGGUGCACCAGAUGCUGGAACAUUGGAAAAUGAAGGAGGGAAGGAUCGGCUGCACAGUUGGGAAGCUCUGUCGCGCUGUGGAGGGCAACAUAAAGGUAGACGUCAUCCAGAAAAUCUUGGACACCUGCGGUUCUUCCUCCUAGGUCGGAUAAACGUUCAACCUCGUGCCCUCUUAAGACUUUCUACCGAUGAUGGUUACAUUUUCCGGAACGGUUGUCAACGCAGCUUCAUCUUUCCAGAAAGAAAUCUCUUAAUUACGCAUUAUAAUGACCGCAGAGAUCGCUGUCAACUGUUUUCACUUUCUGGGACGUGACAUUUAGUGUGAUGGUUUGAAAGCUCUGAGCGCGUUCUCAAAUGACUUUCUACCAAACGCACCUUCAUGGUGGAGACAAACAUGCUCACGGUUCAGCUUUUUCUUAUCGUGGGAUUUUAAAAAUCGUUGUUUGUUUUGUAAAGUUUUUGUAAAUUAAGUAAUUAUUGCCACGCCUUUUUCUUAUUCACGUGGCAGAUGAAAUGUUGUAGUCGGCAGGUCAAUGCAAGAAAUAAUACCAACGUCAUACUUUCUAUAGAAUCAUUGGCAAGUAUGUUCUUCAUAAAUUGUUGCCUGAAAGAUUGCGUUGUGGAGAAGCCUCUGCGAUCGCUUACCGAAGCUCUAAAUGAAGAAUGGACUCAUCAAAUGGUGCGCGGUAAACUUUUAUUCCAGCUCAACACAAACAUAAAGACUCACAAAAUCACAGAACGGGUAAGAAGAUGGAAACACAAGGAGUCAUUUAUGGCAUUAAUACAUGCGUAUUAUUGUUUACAUCCAGUAGGGGUCAGUAGACAAUCUAUUCGUGAGUCAAUUGAAGUCUGUCUUCUUUAAUCUGGGACCUGCUUUAGAUGAUGUGCUCCCAUUUCCCCCAAAUUACAGUAAAAGUGCGUGGAUUACUAAUGAGCUAUUUGCAUGAGUUUCCAGUGUGUGUGGAUUUACUGUAAUGAUGUCAUAUUGUCUAUAAACUGUUGCUGUGCUGCACUUCUACUGUAUCACACAUGUUGGAUUACAGGAUACUUCUGAUUGUCUCUGAGAUGUGUCCAUGUCUUGUUCUGUGUCAUUACAAGGUGUCUUUGUGUA